AGCAACAAGCAUCAUCUUCCUGACUUCAACCGCCAAGUAAUAGUAAUAGUAAUACACACACAAAUUCACAACGCAGGCACCGUUCUUAAAUUUCUUUUAAUUGAUUAUCCAUUCAGACAACACUGCCAACCACCCAUCCACUACUCUCUCUCUCUCUCUCUCGAUUCGGAACCGUCGUUUUCUUACACCUGCGGGUACCUCCUCGGAUUUCUUCUCUUCUUUGGGGGUACCCUUCUCCCUCUCUCUCUCUCUCUCUCUACACAGAUCCGAUCAACGCUUAGACAAAAACACUGUCCAUUUCUCUUCAACUCUUCCCCACUUGUUCACUUCUUUUCUCAUUGCGAAGUUUUCGGUGCUAGGAAACGAACCUUGCUGCUCCUGGAUAACUUCAGCGAGCUUCAGGUUCUUGAUUUCCCGCGAAUCUGCUUCUAAGUCGUGUGCUAAUUCGCCAUUGCUACAUGUUAUAGAUAGCAGAAGAAGCUUUUGCCUUUUCUCUUCAUAUUUUGGUGGGUUUAGGUUUAUUCAUUAAUUUGUUUUGGAAUCCCAAAAAUCAAAGUCAACAGAAGAUGGGGAUUAACAAAACGCUUUUCCUCACUUACUUCUACUUGUUCAUCUACAUUUUGCUUUCUUCUGGGGUCAUUUUGUACAACAAGUGGGUUCUGUCUCCGAAGUACUUUAACUUUCCUCUUCCUAUAACGCUCACCAUGAUUCAUAUGGGAUUUUCUGGGGCAGUGGCAUUUUUGCUUGUUAGAGUCUUUAAGGUUGUGACACCUGUCAAAAUGACAUUUGAAAUAUAUGCAACAUGUGUGGUACCAAUAAGUGCCUUCUUUGCAUCAAGUCUUUGGUUUGGUAACACUGCCUACUUGCACAUCUCUGUAGCUUUUAUCCAGAUGCUCAAGGCUCUAAUGCCCGUGGCAACUUUCAUCAUGGCUGUUUUGUGCGGCACUGACAAAGCAAGGUGUGAUGUGUUCUUGAACAUGGUGCUGGUCAGUGUUGGAGUUGUCGUUUCCUCCUACGGGGAAAUUCAUUUUAAUAUAAUUGGUACAGUUUACCAGGUCACGGGCAUCUUUGCUGAAGCAUUGAGACUGGUCUUAACACAAGUUCUUCUGCAGAAGAAGGGAUUGACAUUAAAUCCAAUUACGAGUUUAUAUUACAUAGCACCAUGCAGUUUUGUGUUUCUAUUUGUGCCUUGGUACCUACUGGAGAAGCCUGUGAUGGAAGUUUCACAGAUUCAGUUCAAUUUUUGGAUCUUUUUCUCCAAUGCUAUAUGUGCUCUAGCCUUGAAUUUCUCCAUUUUCUUAGUAAUUGGUAGAACGGGUGCUGUAACUAUCCGGGUUGCUGGUGUGCUAAAAGACUGGAUAUUGAUAGCCCUUUCAACCGUCAUAUUUCCGGAAUCUACAAUAACUGGGUUGAAUAUAAUUGGCUAUGCUAUUGCGCUGUGUGGAGUUGUGAUGUACAAUUACAUAAAGGUUAAGGAUGUCCGCACCUCUCAAUCACCUGCUGAUAGUUUACCAGAUCGUAUCACAAAGGAUUGGAAAUUUGAGAAAAAAUCAUCUGAUAUUUAUACACCAGACAAUAUUAGUGAUGAUGCGGGAAGCAAUGGAGGCAACGUUCCAACAUCUGAAAGGGACAUCGAUGAAGAAGCACCACUAAUUACAUCAUCGUCAAGGUUAUCUCAUAUUGGACGCACGCAGCUAACCAACCAUCCAACAGGAAAAUCCUAUUCCUCUCAUUCUUUUUUAGACGAUAGGUGUCAUCUCUCGCUGUUCCAAAGGUCUGAUCACGUCAUCACCAAGACCGGCGAGAACCAGAUCAUUCCUUCAACCAGUACUAGCGAGGUCAUGUACAUUGUUGCUGUUUGUGGGGACUCACUGAACCUUGACAACAUGACAGAUGAACCCGAAGAACGGUUCUCGAACCACCAUCAGGAACCAAACCCACCAACCUCCCCUGACACAUGGGCCACGAAAUGA